AUGCCUAAGAUUGAAAAGGGUCCGUCACAUCGCCACUCGGUGUCGACUGCAUCGGCCGCAGGCGGAACUCGGAGCUCCUCGUGGUCCACCAAGGAUGACGAAACACUGAUUCAGGCUAGAGCCCAGGGCCUCAACUGGAACCAGAUUGGGCCUAAGCACUUUCCUUCCAAGACGCCAAAUGCCUGUCGCAAGCGCCACGAGCGGCUGAUGGAGAGGCAGAAUGCGGAGCAGUGGGACGGCGUCAAGCUCGAAGUACUGGCACAGGCCUACAUGGAGGUGCGGCGCGAAAUGUGGAGCUUACUCGCUGCCCGUGUGGGAGAGAAGUGGCAGUUGGUGGAGACAAAGUGCAUGGAGAAAGGCCUCAAGAACCUUACGCAGGCCUGCCGAUCGGCCCAAAAGAAGCUCGAGAAUGGUACCUACCACGACCAUGAAGACAGUGGCAUAGGCAUUUCUGACCUCGAAGAAGAACAAGAGGAUCAUCACGUCGACAUGUCGCACAUGUCCUCACUCCCCGAAUCUCACUACUCUGCGUACCCAAGCUACCCACAACAACAACAACAGCAGCAACGGGUUCCGAGCAUCCAGUCGAUGCUGCAUCCGAUGCAGCAGCACCCGCACCACAUGCAACAAUCUGUGCAGCAAACCAUGCACCAACCGAUGCACCAGCCCAUGCAGCAGUCGAUUCAACAGCCGCUGCAACAACCACUGCAACAGCCAAUGCAGCAGCCAAUGCAGCAAUCAAUGCCACAGCAGAUGCACCAACAAUCCAUGGCAUACUCGUCGCAUCAGCUAUCGCAUCCGCAAUAG